CUUCAACAAACUAGUCUACUGCUUACCUCUAUAAAGUGACCCGUGCCAUGGUUGGUCAAUAUCGGCCCUUCCAUCGGUAGCGCCGCCCUCAAGGUCCACACUUGCAGGUCCACGUCGGGUCGAAGUACGGGCUCUCUUACGCGACGCAGCCACCGAUUUCUUCUGUGCAGCUAUUAUGGGCAGCGCUCGCUACCAUAUAAAGGUCCUGUCGCGUCGCAUGCUGAGCCUCUCUUGGUCGAUCCAUGUGCCGAUGGCUCAUUGAACGCAGACGGCUGCCCUUCGUGCAAACCCUUCGACUGCUGCUAAGGGGUGAUGUCCCAGACUACAAACGGCGAAAGCCUUAUCUUAGAAGAUCAACAGGAGAUGGUCACGGCCUCCCAGCACGGAGUAGCAACGCGGUGUGGCCAGGCAGAGCACACGAAGGGGUCUGCGGGUUUUCGAGUCUUGGGACUUGAGUCCGUCAUUCAGCGUUUCGGGGAACUCGCAGUAGGCUUUGAAUCAGAUCUC